UCGGCGCAUGCGUCCUUCGGCGCUGACGGGAUCCGAGACUAUGGCGUGGGUACCCGCGGAGUCUGCGGUGGAAGAGUUGAUGCCCCGGCUGCUGCCGGUGGAACCCUGCGACUUGACGGAAGGUUUUGAUCCCUCGGUACCUCCGAGGACGCCUCAGGAAUACCUGAGGCGGGUCCAGAUCGAAGCAGCUCGGUGUCCCGAUGUUGUGGUAGCUCAGAUUGACCCAAAGAAAUUGAAAAGGAAGCAAAGUGUGAAUGUUUCUCUUUCGGGAUGCCAACCUGCCCCUGAAGGUUAUUCCCCAACACUUCAGUGGCAGCAGCAGCAAGUGGCACAGUUUUCAGCUGUUCGACAGAAUGUAAAUAAACACAGAAGUCACUGGAAAUCACAGCAGUUGGACAGCAACGUGACUAUGCCAAAAUCUGAAGAUGAAGAAGGUUGGAAAAAAUUCUGUUUAGGAGAAAGAUUAUGUGCUGAAGGGGCUGUUGGGCCAACCAUAAAUGAAAGUCCUGGGAUUGAUUAUGUCCAAAUUGGAUUUCCACCCUUGCUUAGCAUUGUUAGCAGAAUGAAUCAGGCAACAGUAACUAGUGUCUUGGAAUAUUUGAGUAAUUGGUUUGGAGAAAGAGACUUCACUCCAGAAUUGGGGAGGUGGUUCUAUGCCUUACUGGCUUGUCUUGAAAAACCUUUACUCCCCGAAGCUCACUCCCUGAUCCGGCAGCUUGCAAGAAGAUGCUCUGAAGUGAGGCUGUCAGUGGACAACAAAGAUGAUGAAAGGGUUCCCGCUUUGAAUUUAUUGAUCUGCUUGGUUAGCAGGUAUUUUGACCAGCGUGAUCUAGCUGAUGAGCCGUCAUGAUGGAGCUGAUCUCCGAGACAGAUGGUGUUUCUGCUGAAGGCGACCUGAGCCUGCGCACAUGUGGUGCGUUUCCACACAGACUGCGUCAUUUGCUUCAUCACCGUGUGUAUGACGCUUCUUCACUUAACCUUUGCAGUUUAAGUUGAUGAUCAGAGUACAGAUCAAAUUUAUCUAGAUGUCUGAAAUAUCUGGAAAAAUACCCCCUGGUUUUCAGUGAACAGUUUGAAUAGUUUUCAGCAGUCAUAAACAUUUAAAAUAAGUUGGGUCCCAUUUAUUAAUGAAGCAGCCUGCACGGAAACUGUAUGAUGAAAUUUUAUAGCAGUCCCUGGUGCUGUUUGUUUACAUUAUACACAAAAAUUUUGUUGAAAAUGUGUUUUGGAUACUAAACUUUUAUUUGUUACCUUGAACAAAAUAAAAGACAAUAUCCUUAGAAUUUUAAAAAUCUGGAUUUUUUGUUGUUUUGGAGUAUUGGAGAUUGAGCACAGGGAACUGAGCUGUGCCUCCAGUCUUUUUAAAUUUGGAGACAGUGUCUCCUUAAGUCAUCUAGGCUGGCCUCCUCAAAUUUGUGAUCCUCUUGCCUCAGCCCCUCGAGUGGGUGGGAUUACAGGAGUGUACCAGCACAUCUGGCAAAACAAACUAGAUUUCAUGGAAAAUGUUCAGUCAACACUGAACUUAUAGACAUUUUCACUUUUCUAUAAAGUACAAACCUUUCGCAGGUCAUUUGUAAUAAUACCCUCAUAGGUCAAGUAGCAUUUUGUUUUUUUUU